AUGAGUUGGAAUGUCAGGGGGAUCAACAGCCAGCAUAAGCAAUCAGUAGUUAAAAAUUUAAUUUGUUCUAGGCGGGUUGGUUUGGUGGGUCUCCUUGAAACGAAGAUUAAGGCUGCUAAUUUAGGAGCUCUUUAUCUUCGGGUGUUCUCCGGUUGGUGCUUUACUUCGAAUAAUGCGUGGCAUGAGAGUGGCCGCAUUGUUGUUAGCUGGAAUCUACUCAUGUUUAAUGUAGAUAUUUUACAGUGUUCUAGUCAGUUGAUUCAUUUACAUGUCAGUUCAACCUCUAAUAAGGACAACUUCCAUGUUACUUUUGUUUAUGGUAUGAAUGAUGAGGGAGGAAGGAGUAUAUUUUGGAAGGAAUUACAGGACCUGCCUAUGACUUCUCCUUGGAUCGUUCUAGGUGAUUUUAAUGACAUUUUAUCUGAGGAAAGGAUUGGUGCUCGGGUUAAGUAUAAAUCUUCUCAAGCUUUUCAGAGAUGUAUUGCAGCUUGCUAUUUGGAGGAUAUAAAGUAUAGUGGGAACCUUUAUACUUGGAGCAAUAAAAAAAAGGGUCAAGAUAGAAUUUAUUCGAAAUUAGACCGAGUUUUGGCUAAUCAACAGUGGCUAGAUGCUUUCCCUGUAGCGGAGGUUCACUUUUUGAAUGAGGGAAUUUUUGACCACUCUCCAGCUAUUUUAACAGUGUACCCUGAUCUGAUUUCAGGUAGGAAACCUUUCAAGUACUUUCGAAUGUGGAAGUCUUUUUCUGGUUAUCAAAAUCUGGUUCAUGCUGAUUGGAGUAGGCCUAUUGAUGGCACAAUGAUGUAUAGGGCAGUUCAGAAGCUCAAGCGUCUUAAGGACACAUUGCGGACAAUUAAUAAAUAA